AGACGCCGCCUGUUCAUGUAGGCCGACUCGGAGUGAAACAUGCGUUGACCCAACGUUGACCCAGAGCGAAAAGUCCCUGCGCAGCUGCAUCCAACGUCUGCUACUGACUUCCAUCGCGUUCGUGGUUCCUUGCCUUUUUCACGACACUCACGACCCCCUUCCUGCUGUCUAUUCUCAGCUAGAAGUUCUUUGAGACCGAAAUACUUUUGAACAUCUUAUCCGAACUAGCGCUCUCUGAAUCCUACAAGGAAUGGCCCAAUGGAACGCAAGUAAUCAAUGGGGAGCACAACCAGGCCAUACCUAUUCCCCCGUAUACCAACCAGGUCCGACCCCACAGUACGGACAGCCUGGAUAUCCUUUUCCACCUACCAGUGUUCCCCCGCCGGCAGAGUACGGCGGAGGUUAUGGAGCCGAUCACAAGUCGCCUUUUGAAGGGGACCGUUUCAAACCAAAGAAAAGGGUGAAUGAUAUCUUCUUUUUGAUAUUCUUCAUUCUCCAGUUUGCUGGUUUCGUUGUGCUGUCUGCGUUUGCUAUUUCGCAAUGGGUCAAAUCAGGCGGUCUUGGUGGAGGUGUAGGUGGCGGAAACACCGGCAGUGCCGUAACUCUGAAUUAUCAUACUGUGUAUCUCUUACUUUUCGUAACCGCUGCCGCUCUGUUGUUUUCGACAGUAUACCUCUUGCUCACAAGGGCAUUCACGCGAAUGAUCAUGCAUAUCACACUUAUACUCUCAAUUGCGCUCAAUAUCGGGAUAUGCAUAUACUACUGGAUCACUAGAUAUUGGUCCGGCGCCAUCAUAUUCACCAUAAUCGCCCUAAUUUCUGUGCUCGCGUACUUCGGGUAUAGGUCUCGUAUACCACUAGCAUCUCUUCUCCUACAAAUUGUCAUGGACGUCGCUAAGCAUCACAAGAGUGUCUAUGUCGUGGCAUUCUUGGCUCUCUUACUGCAAGGCGCGUUGAGCGUUUGGUACACCUUCACGUUGAUUGCGAUCUAUUCUCGGUGGACGCCUGGAAACCCUUCUUGCGAAACGGAUUCAAGCUGUUCUUCAGGGAGGGUUGCUGGACUCGUCUUCUACGCGACCUUCUCGUUUUUGUGGACCUCGCAAGUCAUCGGUAAUGUCGCUCUCGCUACAAUGGCCGGUGGGCCCUUCGGAAGCUGGUACUACUUCGGACCUCGGGAACAAGGACAAAUGCCUAAACACCCUACAUGGUCUGCCUUCAUCCGUGCAUCAACACUCUCGCUGGGUUCGAUUGCGUUUGGUUCUUUGAUCGUGACUAUCCUGGAACUUCUCAGGAUACUUCUUAGCAUCGCUCGGAACAGUGCUAACGCAGAAGGACACCCUAUUGAGGCCUGUCUUGCGUUGUGCGCGGAGUGCUUCAUUGGAUGCAUUGAAGCAUUGGUGCGGUACUUCAACCGUUACGCAUACAUCGAGAUUGCUUUGUAUGGCAAGCCGUAUUUGAAGGCUGCGAAGGACACAUGGGAUCUCCUGGUUGAUCGUGGUAUCGACGCUUUAGUCAACGACUCAUUAGUGGGCAUGACCCUGACCUGGGGUGCUUAUUGCGUCGGUCUCCUCUGUUCUUUAUUCGCCUACAUCUACCUUCGCUCGACACAUCCGGCGUACAAUGUUGAUGGUCAAUAUACCGCCCCUGUCAUCCUCUUCGCGUUCCUAAUUGGUUUGCAAUGCUCGUUGACACUGUCAUCUGCUAUUGAAGCUGGUGUUUCUACGAUAUUCGUCGGGCUAGGGGAGGAUCCUCAAGUCUUGGCUCUUCGUGCGCCUGAAUUGUUCGGUGUAAGUAUCCUCUUCAUAAGUGAUUCAACCAUUCUUUCUAACACAUUUCUCGUGCCCUACAGCUUAUUGCUUCAACAUAUCCCCAAGUUGUUCAAGGGGUUCAGAGGGUCUGAAGUAGGCUGAGAGAUCGACGGGUCCCGCGGGAAUCCGCGCAGUUUACGAUUCUUAUCACAUUCUGUACGGUAUUGGGUAAACUUGUUGCCGUCCGAUAUGCUUGUCUUGCUU